AUGGUUUUCAACUAUGUACCUAAUAUAAGGAGUGAUAUUAUUGUUGAUAUAUUACAAUUACAGGAGACACACUGCACUCGAACAUUAUUGUGUGUUGAAAAUGUGCCAGACAUAUUGUAUCUUGAUUGUGAUGGAUUAGCCCAUUUGAAAAAAUGUGCGGGAUUUACUCUGACCAAUGGAGAUUACAUUAUCAGACCGGGAGUGAAAGAGAGUUUUGAUUUUUUGGUCUCGUUGAAAUUGAGGGCCAAUGCAGAUAAACAUGGAAUUCAAUCAAAUACUAAUACUGGAAAUAAAGCACCAUUCGUGAAGCUAGUUUGUAAACCAUUAGAAGUAUCAACAUUAAAAAUUGGAUAUGAUGCAUUAUUAUACGAUGCUAAACCUAGUCUAACUAAUAUUGAAAUUCAAAUUGAUAAUGACUGGUCUCAAUUAAUAAAUAGAAAAGAUAAAAUAUUUUUUAAUGAUUCAAAAUAUCGUUUACAUUCAUGGCAUUUAAUUGAAACAAAACAAUUAGUAUUAAAAUUAGAUUUGACAGAUUAUAAACAUUUUGUUGCUACUCAUCAUGUUCUGCCAACUGUUACGAAUUAA